AUGGGCUCGUCGGAUAUCCCCCCGCCGUCCGCGCCGACAUGGCUCGUCCCCGCGUCGACGGUGCUGCUCGGCUCGGGCAUCGUGUGCUGGCUCGCCUGCUACGUGCUCAUGACGCGCCGCUCGCUGGCCACGCACGCGACGCCCAUCCCCCUCGUCCCGCUCGGCAUCAACCUCGCGUGGGAGGUCGUCUACGCGCUCUACGUGACCGAGGCCCCUCUGGAGCUGGCCGGCUUCGCCAUGUGGCUGGCUUUUGACGUGCCCGUGCUCUACGCCACGCUGAAGACGGCGCCCCGGUCCUUCGCGUCCGCCCCGCUGGUCGCACGCAACGCCGGCAAGCUGCUCGCCGUCGUCUUCGUCUUCGGCCUCGCCAGCAACGCGCUCUUCGCCUGGUGGUGGCUCGCCGAGCCGCAUCGCGGCCACGGGCUCAAAUGGGGCAAGGUUUGGAACGGUCUUGAGGCCCGCGACACGACGGAGCUCGCCUGGUGGUCGGCUGGCGUCGCGCAAAUGGCCAUGAGCGUCGGCGCGCUGGCGAUGCUGAUCCAGCGUGGCCACUCUGGGGGCCAGAGUUAUGCAAUCUGGCUGUGUCGAUUCGCCGGAACGCAGUUGGGCCUCCCCGGGACAUGCUUCCUGCUCUGGUGGUACUGGCCAGAAGCCCACGGCUUCGUCUGGCACCCGCUCUCCAUCAUCAUUGUGGGCACGUCCAUGGCCUGCGAUGUGGCGUACCCCUUCGUCCUGGCGCAUGUGCGCAAGACGGAGAGGGUGUUGCCUGACGGGACCGUUGUCGCCGGGGACGUUGACGUUGCAGUAGCCGACAGGAAUGGGGCUCGCCACAAGAAGCGAAAUUGA